AUGGCAUGCCCCAGCACUUCACAACAUGCACAAAAAUUUGUGCGCUCUACCGACAACGUGCGCUCAAGAAAAUCAAGCUGCUACACGGGUUAUGAGCCCAAGGGUUCACUGGUGCUGACGCAAUGGACCUGCGCCGACGACGAGAAGAAGCUGUGGCAGGUGGUGGUGGGUCCUCGCAAUCAAUGCUGGUGCCUGGUGGUGCAACUGCAACAGGGGCUUCUGCGGCUGUGGCUGUGGCUGACAAGACAGCCGACCAAAUGCUGGAUGAAACUGCUGGAGAACCUCAACAAGGAUGAUCCCCCUGCAGCAUCUGGUGCUGGGGUGAAGUCAGUCGGGGCCACUGAGGCUGCCGGGUCUGGCACUGCAAUGGGGCUUUCGCCGGAGCAGCGGAGGUGGUUGGUCAAUGCCGCUGAGGCUAUGAGGACUGGCCAGGCUGUCGCGCCCUUGGCACUGCUUGCGAAUGCGCCUGAGGUGCAAACUUUGGUGCCGGUGGGAGGAGCUGGACAAAGGCCAGGCAUCGUCAAGCUGGACACCAAGGAGCCUCUGGACGACGCGAUGGUGGUGGGCCGGAGCGACAUUGGGGACGAGGUCAACGUGAUGGCCGAGCUCUUCAAGGCCCGUGGCUCUGGUUCUCAACAUGGUGGAGGUCAGGGGACGCCGACACAUGCAGAGCAGCGUCUGGUGGCUCAUGAUGGACUUUCUCAUCAGGAUCUUCUGGAGAUCGAGGCGAUGAGUGAAGUUCAGGACAAGCUGAAAAAUGAAAUGGCCGAAGAAAGGGACAUUGGAGCUUCCAAACUGACGGAUUGCACUGCGGUGGAGUUUGGGGAUUGGAUUGCGGUGAUAACGCCACUGAUGUCCGACCUCAACAGCACUUCGGCUUCGUGGUGUUCGCUGACGAUAGCACAGCGCUACUACGAGCUCUGGCGUGUGGCGAGUCCGUUGGAGCAUCUCAGACUCAAGGUGGAGACGCACCCUGAGGCCGAGAAGCUCCCUCGAACGGAACAAAGGGCUGUCACUAUGUUGUUGGCAGCUGUGCCGGAACAAAUCCGAAGGGAUGUUGUUGCCUCAAGAAAGAUGAGCAGCGUGGAGAUUGUGUUCACCCUGCUUUGCAAGUACCAGCCGGGGGGGGCCCAGGAAAGGACUGUGCUUCUUCGAGAACUGAAUGAAAACAAGUUGACCGCCAACGCUGGUGUCAAGGAGAUUCUCAACACGCUGAGAACGUGGAGGAGGAACUUGGGAAGGGCAUCAGAACUUGGAGUUCAACUACCUGAUCCACUGCCACUGAUGGGCCUGCUGUCAAAAUGGUCAGACGCUCUAUGCAGAGUAGGGGGAUCACACAUGGCUUUUCGAGUGGCGGGCAUGCGACAGGCAUUGGCCCUUGACCCUACUCCUAUGCCGGCGACUGUGACUGAGUUUGCGGAGCACUUGCAGGCGGAAGCUAAACAGUUGAUGUUGGCCACUCCUACUCCUACUACGACUUCAACAGUGUCAACUCCGAGCUCAACGGUUGCGCCUGAUGUGAAAAAGAAGGGGCUGGUGAAAGCAGCAGCUCUUACAACUCCAACUGAGAAGCUCUCCAACUACAAAGGAAAAGAUCUCGAAGAUCGCGACGCUGAAGGCGAAUGUGAAGAAGGAAGGGAGCCCGAAACAUGGAAAAAGGGAUCCUACACCGACCUCUCCGACGGCACCAUCAAGGAGCUCUUCAUCAGGGACUUUUCCAACAGCAACCACGUCGAGCUCUGGGCAGUGGACGAAAGGGGGAAAACUAAGAUCGUCGAAGAGAGGCGUGGUACAAAGUCCGAGCUGGAAAACUCUGAGCCGGUGACUGUGGAAUUGGCUCAUGGAUCGACGGUCCUUCGGAAAAAGAAGAGCUGCAGCACUCUUCUUACCAGCGACGACAUCGAGCCCAUCUUGCCUGUGCGACUUCUCAUCGACCAUGGAUUCAAUCUGACAUGGACAUCAAGUGGGAUCAACAUUCAUCAUCCUCGACGUGGGGCCCUUCGAUGCUGGAAAAGACAGGGGUGCCCUGUGAUGCAUAGGGAGGAAGCUUUGGCGCUGAUGAAGGACCUGGAACAGCUUGAAGUGAAGAGCGCUGUGGAUGACGAGGCGAUCGCAUGGUGGUCAGAGAGGUAUCCAAAAGUGCCAAAGGAGGUGCUGAAGUUCAUGGUGGGCCAGAAUGACAAAUGGGAAGAUCUGGAUCAUGGCGGCUUGCCCUUCAAUCGGCAUCGUCGACGACAGCUGGAAACUUGCCGCGGGGUGGUGCUGCAUCUCUAUGCGGGGGGUGUUCAACGAGCUGGCUUCCAGGUGCUUAAUUUGGAUGUGACACUGGGGGCCUGA